CAUUUCUUCUUCUUCUUCUUCUUCUUCUCUCCAGAACAAAGACCAUGCUGAUACUUUCUCCUUCUACAAAAGAUACGAUGAGGUCGGUGUUUUUUCUAGGGUUCAUGGUAUUUCAUUUCUGUAUUUCGUGUUCUCGUGCGCAGACCUGCCGGAACUACACAUUUUCCAACAAGAACACCUACGCCUCGUGCGUCGACCUCCCCGUGCUGAGCUCUUACCUCCACUGGAACUACACGCCGUCCACCGGCACGGCCGACGUCGCGUUCCGGCGCACAGGCGCCACAACCUCGAGAUGGAUCUCGUGGGCGAUAAACCCCAAGGGGCAGAGGAUGGUGGGAUGCCAAGCCCUCGUGGCCUACAUGACCUCGAGCGGGUCGAUGUACGCCUACACGUCGAGCAUCAGCAGCUACAACACGGACAUGCCAGAGGGGGCCCUGAGCUUCGGGGUGCCGAGCAUAUCGGCGACAUACGAGACCGGCGAGAUGACGAUAUUCGCAAGGUUGGAGCUCGGGACGAGCAUGGCGAGCGUGAGCCAGGUGUGGCAAGAGGGUCCGAUGAAUGGACCCGGAACCCCCGGCAGGCAUUCCACGGGAGGAGCCAAUAUGAAAUCCACGGGGACGCUCAACUUUUUUUCUACCGGAUCGGGCGAUGGCGGAGGAUCGUCAUCAGGAUCAUCGGGAAUUGGCUCGGGGGAGCGAAGAAAGAAUGUUCAUGGGGUUUUGAAUGCGGUGAGCUGGGGGGUAUUGAUGCCAAUGGGAGUGUUAUUGGCGAGGUACUUGAAGGUGUUCAAGUCGGCAAAUCCAGCUUGGUUUUAUCUCCACGUGACGUGCCAAACAUCCGCCUACGCCGUGGGGGUCGCCGGUUGGGUCACCGGCCUGCGGCUCGGCGAUGGCGGCGGCGGCAACGCCGGCACUCACGGCAACAUCGGCAUGGCCCUCUUCAUCCUCGGAACUCUUCAGGUAAGUUUUGCUGAUUUUGAUUCCCCCCAAAAGAGAAGCUCGCUAUACGCCUACACGUCGAGCAUCAGCAGCUACAACACGGACAUGCCAGAGGGGGCCCUGAGCUUCGGGGUGCCGAGCAUAUCGGCGACAUACGAGACCGGCGAGAUGACGAUAUUCGCAAGGUUGGAGCUCGGGACGAGCAUGGCGAGCGUGAGCCAGGUGUGGCAAGAGGGUCCGAUGAAUGGACCCGGAACCCCCGGCAGGCAUUCCACGGGAGGAGCCAAUAUGAAAUCCACGGGGACGCUCAACUUUUUUUCUACCGGAUCGGGCGAUGGCGGAGGAUCGUCAUCAGGAUCAUCGGGAAUUGGCUCGGGGGAGCGAAGAAAGAAUGUUCAUGGGGUUUUGAAUGCGGUGAGCUGGGGGGUAUUGAUGCCAAUGGGAGUGUUAUUGGCGAGGUACUUGAAGGUGUUCAAGUCGGCAAAUCCAGCUUGGUUUUAUCUCCACGUGACGUGCCAAACAUCCGCCUACGCCGUGGGGGUCGCCGGUUGGGUCACCGGCCUGCGGCUCGGCGAUGGCGGCGGCGGCAACGCCGGCACUCACGGCAACAUCGGCAUGGCCCUCUUCAUCCUCGGAACUCUUCAGGUUUUUGCUCUUCUCCUGAGGCCGAAGCCGGACCACAAAUACAGGUUCUACUGGAACAUGUAUCACCACUCCUGUGGGUACGCCGCGAUCACGCUGAGCAUUGUCAACGUGUUCCUCGGUCUGGACAUUUUGGACCCGACCAAGGUGUGGAAACGGACGUACAUCGUCAUCCUCCUAGCUUUGGGCUGCGCUGCCCUGAUCAUGGAGCCGGUUACGUGGGCCGUCGUGAUCAAGCGGAGGAGAAGAGAGAUAUCCCAGAAGCACCCAACCAUCGUCUUGAACGGUGCUCGCGGCAAUGGCUACAAUGGCAGAUCCCAGGAUGAUGGUGUUUAGAUCCAUUAAUG